UAACUAGUGCUGUACAUGACACUGCUCAUACUAGAUGGAUUUAUAAAAAAUCAACAGCGACUUUGGCUGGCGAACCUACGCAGAUCAGAAGGCAGGAGUGUUUGUGAUGUGCUUGCAGCCUGUCAGCGUGGCCUACCCAUGGCAGAGCAGGACUCCACCGAGAAGAAGCUUCCAGCUGUGGCUGCACUGCACACUCACUUCAUUGUGGGCUCUGUGUCCGAGGAUAACUCCGAGGAUGAGACCGCAGGGAAGCUGGACCUGCAGAUGGAGGACAAUCCACGCUCCCUUUUCCCCUCCUCCGUCAGCUCAGACAGCACUUAUGAGAUGGGCUUUGACAGCCUGGACGGGGCCUUGCUCAAUAUAAGGCCGAGCAUGUCAGGACUUCACCUUGUGAAGCAGGGCAGGGACCGUAGACGCCUGGACCUGCAGAGAGACUUUACUGUCGCUUCUCCUGCUGAGUUUGUCACCCGCUUUGGUGGAAACAAAGUCAUUGAGAAGGUCCUCAUUGCCAACAAUGGCAUUGCCGCUGUGAAGUGCAUGCGAUCCAUCCGUCGCUGGGCUUAUGAAAUGUUUCGGAAUGAACGGGCUAUACGUUUUGUCGUCAUGGUCACCCCAGAGGACCUCAAGGCCAAUGCAGAGUACAUCAAGAUGGCAGAUCACUAUGUACCUGUCCCAGGAGGAACAAACAACAACAACUAUGCUAAUGUGGAACUCAUUUUGGAUAUAGCUAAACGGAUUCCUGUUCAGGCCGUGUGGGCCGGUUGGGGUCACGCCUCUGAGAACCCCAAACUCCCGGAAUUGCUGCACAAGAAUGGCAUCGCCUUCAUGGGUCCACCAAGCCAGGCUAUGUGGUCUCUCGGGGAUAAGAUCGCCUCUUCUAUUGUGGCCCAGACAGCUGGAAUCCCCACGUUACCCUGGAGUGGAUCAGGGCUGACUGUACAGUGGACUGAGAGUGACCAGAAGAAAGGAAUUGUUAAUGUCCCAUCUGAUCUGUACGAGCAGGGCUGUGUCCAUGAUGUGGAGGCUGGACUGAAGGCGGCUGAACUAGUGGGGUAUCCUUUGAUGGUGAAGGCCUCUGAAGGCGGAGGAGGGAAAGGUAUCCGAAAGGUCAACGGUGCAGAAGACUUCCCCAACCUCUUUAGACAGGUUCAAGCUGAGGUUCCAGGUUCCCCCAUCUUUGUCAUGCAAUUGGCCAAACAUGCCCGUCACCUGGAGGUGCAGAUCUUGGCUGAUCAGUACGGUAAUGCCAUCUCUCUGUUCGGCCGUGACUGCUCUGUCCAGCGCAGACAUCAGAAGAUCAUUGAAGAGGCUCCGGCUACUAUUGCCACCUCUGAUGUGUUUGAGGAUAUGGAGAAGUGUGCAGUGAAGUUGGCGAAGAUGGUGGGCUAUGUGAGUGCAGGGACAGUGGAGUAUCUCUACAGUCAGGACGGCAGUUUUUACUUCCUGGAGCUCAACCCUCGUCUUCAAGUGGAACAUCCUUGUACUGAGAUGGUGGCUGAUGUUAACCUGCCUGCGGCCCAACUGCAGAUCGCUAUGGGCAUCCCACUUCACCGCAUUAAAGACAUCAGAGUGAUGUACGGGAUGCAGCCGUGGGGAGACUCCCCCAUUGACUAUGAUAGACUCUCUUACACCCCCUCUCCACGAGGACAUGUCAUUGCAGCUCGAAUUACCAGCGAAAAUCCAGAUGAGGGUUUUAAGCCCAGCUCAGGAACUGUCCAGGAACUAAAUUUCCGCAGUAACAAGAACGUGUGGGGCUACUUUAGUGUGGCGGCUGCUGGAGGUCUGCAUGAGUUUGCUGACUCUCAGUUUGGCCACUGCUUCUCCUGGGGAGAAAACCGAGAGGAAGCCAUCUCGAACAUGGUGGUGGCCCUCAAGGAGCUGUCCAUCAGAGGAGACUUCAGGACUACAGUGGAGUAUCUCAUAAAGCUGCUAGAAACUGAAAGCUUCCAGCACAACACCAUCGACACGGGUUGGCUGGACCGACUCAUCUCAGAGAAGAUGCAGGCAGAGCGUCCUGACACUAUGCUGGGAGUAGUGAGUGGAGCACUGCAUGUGGCUGAUGUCAACCUCAGGAACAGUGUGUCCAACUUCCUGCACUCACUGGAGAGAGGGCAGGUUUUACCUGCGCACACCCUGUUGAACACGGUGGAUGUUGAGCUGAUCUAUGAGGGAACCAAAUAUGUUCUAAAGGUGACCAGACAGUCACCUAACUCUUAUGUAGUCAUCAUGAAUUCGUCUUUAGCGGAGGUGGACGUCCAUCGGUUGUGCGAUGGAGGUCUUCUGCUUUCAUACGAUGGCAGCAGCUACACCACCUACAUGAAGGAGGAGGUGGACAGGUAUCGCAUCAUUAUCGGAAACAAGACGUGUGUGUUUGAAAGGGAGAAUGACCCUUCACUCCUGCGAUCACCAUCUGCUGGGAAACUCAUCCAGUAUACUGUGGAGGACGGUGGACACGUGUUUGCUGGACAGUGUUAUGCAGAGAUAGAGGUGAUGAAGAUGGUGAUGACCCUGACCGCCUCUGAGUCUGGAUGUAUUCACUAUGUGAAGAGAGCUGGUGCGGUGCUGGAGCCGGGCUGUAUCAUCGCCAAACUGCAGCUGGAUGAUCCCAGCAGAGUACAGCAGGCGGAGCUGUAUACAGGAGCUUUACCCACUGUUCAGUCCGUGGCUCUCCGGGGAGAGAAGCUUCAUAGAGUCUUCCACAGCACUCUGGAUCACCUAGUGCACAUCAUGAACGGCCACUGUCUGCCAGAGCCCUUCUUCAGUGUCAGGCUGAAGGAAUGGGUGGAGCUUUUGAUGAAGACUCUGAGGGACCCCUCUCUGCCCCUUCUGGAGCUUCAGGACAUCAUGACGAGUGUUUCAGGCCGGAUCCCUCCAGCCGUAGAGAAGGCCAUCAAGAAAGAAAUGGCUCAAUAUGCCAGCAACAUCACUUCUGUCCUCUGCCAGUUUCCCAGCCAGCAGAUUGCCAAUAUAUUGGACAGUCAUGCUGCCACAUUGAACAGGAAGUCAGAGAGAGAGGUCUUCUUCAUGAACACUCAGAGUAUUGUACAGCUGGUUCAGAAGUACCGCAGUGGCAUCAGAGGUCAUAUGAAGGCAGUGGUGAUGGACCUCCUCAGGCAGUAUUUAAGAGUGGAAGUUCAGUUUCAGCAUGGCCACUAUGACAAGUGUGUAUUUGCACUUCGAGAAGAAAACAAAGGGGACAUGUCCAAUGUUCUCAACUACAUAUUCUCUCAUGCAAAAGUCACAAAGAAGAACUCUCUGGUCACCAUGUUGAUUGAUCAGCUGUGUGGACGAGACCCCACUCUGACGGACGAGCUCAUGGCCAUCCUCACAGAACUCACACAGCUCAGCAAGACCACGAAUGCCAAGGUGGCACUGCGGGCACGGCAGGUUCUCAUCGCUUCUCACCUUCCCUCAUAUGAGCUGCGACACAAUCAGGUGGAGUCCAUCUUCCUGUCCGCCAUUGACAUGUAUGGACAUCAGUUCUGCAUUGAGAACCUGCAGAAACUGAUCCUGUCGGAGACGUCCAUCUUUGACGUACUGCCAAAUUUCUUUUACCACAGUAAUCAGGUGGUACGGAUGGCUGCUCUAGAGGUAUAUGUUCGUAGAGCUUACAUCGCUUAUGAACUCAACAGUGUCCAGCACCGACAGCUGAGAGACAACACCUGCAUCGUGGAGUUCCAGUUCAUGCUGCCCUCAUCCCAUCCAAACAGAGGGAACAUCCCCACUCUAAACAGAAUGUCUUUCUCCUCUAACCUGAACCACUACGGCAUGGUCCAUGUGGGCAGUGUUAGUGAUGUACUCCUGGACACCUCCUUCACUCCACCCUGUCAGCGUAUGGGUGCCAUGGUUUCCUUCCGCUCCUUCCAGGAGUUCACCAGGAACAUUAAGGAUGUGUUGAGCUGUUUCUCUGACUCACCCCCCUGUACGCCAACCUUUCCUGAGGGGGGCAACCCUGUGCUUUAUGGAGAGGAGGACAACAAGAGCAUUCAAGAUGAGGCAAUUCAUAUCCUGAACGUGGCCAUAAAGACGGACAGCGACAUUGAUGACGAUGGGCUGGCGGCCAUGUUCCGUGAGUUUACCCAGUCUAAGAAAUCUCUGCUAUUUGAGCACGGCAUCCGAAGACUUACCUUCCUGGUUGCUCAAAAGGAUUUCAGGAAGCAAGUCAACUGUGAGGUGGACCAGAGGUUCCAUAGAGAAUUCCCCAAAUUUUUUACGUUCCGGGCUCGAGACAAGUUUGUGGAAGACCGUAUCUACAGGCACUUGGAACCCGCAUUGGCUUUCCAGCUUGAGCUCAACCGCAUGCGUAACUUUGCACUGACAGCGAUCCCCUGUGCCAACCACAAAAUGCACCUGUACUUGGGAGCCGCUCGCGUGGAGGUGGGCACAGAGGUCACUGAUUACCGCUUCUUUGUACGGGCCAUCAUCCGCCACUCGGACUUGGUCACCAAGGAAGCAUCGUUUGAGUACCUGCACAACGAGGCAGAACGUUUGCUGCUGGAGGCCAUGGAUGAGCUGGAGGUGGCCUUCAACAACACCACAGUACGCACAGACUGCAACCACAUCUUCCUCAACUUCGUCCCAACCGUCAUCAUGGACCCUUCUAAGAUUGAGGAAUCCGUGCGCUCCAUGGUCAUGCGCUACGGCAGUCGUCUGUGGAAACUCCGCGUGCUCCAAGCUGAGCUGAAGAUCAACAUCCGACUGACGCCCACUGGCAAGCAGAUCCCCAUCCGCCUCUUCCUGACCAAUGAGAGUGGCUACUACCUGGACAUCAGCCUGUACAAGGAGGUCACAGACUCCCGUACAGGACAGAUCAUGUUCCAGGCAUAUGGAGAUAAGCAGGGACCUCUUCACGGCAUGCUCAUCAACACACCCUACGUCACUAAAGACCUCCUGCAGUCCAAACGCUUCCAGGCCCAGAGCCUCGGCACCACAUACGUCUAUGACUUCCCUGAGAUGUUCCGUCAGUCUCUAAGGAAGUUAUGGCAGUCCAUGGAUGCACACGCCCACUUACCCAAGUGUCCUCUUCCAUCGGAAUUGCUCACCUUCACUGAGCUGGUUCUCGAUUCUCAAGGUCAGCUGGUGCAGAUGAACCGCCUACCUGGAGGAAAUGAGAUUGGCAUGGUAGCAUGGCGGAUGACUAUCCGAACCCCCGAGUACCCGGCCGGCCGUGAGAUUAUCGUGAUCAGCAAUGACAUCACACAUAAGAUCGGCUCCUUCGGCCCACAGGAGGAUGUUCUGUUCCUGCAGGCUUCAGAAAUGGCUCGGGAAAGCGGCAUCCCUCGGAUCUAUAUCGCAGCCAACAGCGGAGCCCGUAUCGGCCUGGCAGAGGAGAUCAGACACAUGUUCCAUGUGGCCUGGCAGGAUGUGGCGGACCCAUACAAGGGCUUUAAGUACCUGUACCUCACACCUCAGGACUAUAAGAAGGUGUCUGCUCUGAACUCAGUCCAAUGUGAACAUGUGGAAGACGAGGGAGAAUCCAGGUAUAAGAUCACCGAUAUCAUUGGGAAAGAGGAAGGGUUGGGUGUGGAGAACUUGAGAGGUUCUGGCAUGAUCGCAGGUGAAUCAUCGCUGGCGUAUGAGGAAAUUAUCACCAUGAACCUGGUGACAUGCAGGGCCAUUGGAAUAGGAGCGUACCUGGUGAGACUGGGACAAAGAACCAUACAGGUGGAGAACUCUCACAUCAUCCUGACCGGAGCUGGAGCUCUUAAUAAGGUUCUGGGUCGAGAGGUGUACACCUCCAAUAACCAACUAGGUGGAGUGCAGAUCAUGCACAAUAAUGGAGUCACGCACACCACUGUGUGCGAUGAUUUUGAGGGAGUGUUUACGUUACUUCACUGGCUGUCCUACAUGCCGAAGAAUAUGUCCAGUCCUGUUCCAAUGCUCUCUGCUAAAGAUCCCAUUGAUCGGCUAGUGGAGUUCAUUCCUACCAAGGCACCUUAUGACCCACGCUGGAUGCUAGCGGGACGUCCCAGUCAGAACACUAAGGGUGCGUGGGUGAGCGGGUUCUUCGACCAUGGCUCUUUUCUGGAGAUCAUGCACCCGUGGGCACAGAGUGUAAUCGUAGGACGGGCUAGGUUGGGCGGGAUCCCGACUGGAGUAGUUGCCGUGGAAACCCGAUCGGUGGAGCUGUCAAUCCCAGCAGACCCAGCUAAUCUGGACUCAGAAGCAAAGAUCAUUCAGCAAGCAGGGCAAGUGUGGUUCCCAGACUCUGCUUUUAAGACUGCGCAGGCCAUUAAAGACUUCAACAGAGAGGGGCUGCCGCUCAUAGUGUUUGCCAACUGGAGAGGCUUCUCUGGAGGGAUGAAAGACAUGUAUGACCAGGUGCUAAAGUUUGGAGCAUAUAUAGUGGACGGGCUGAGAGAGUACAGACAACCAGUGCUUGUGUACAUCCCACCACAGGCGGAGCUCCGGGGAGGAUCAUGGGUCGUCAUAGACCCCACCAUCAACCCUCGCCACAUGGAGAUGUAUGCGGACAAGGACAGCCGUGGUGGUGUGCUGGAGCCUGAAGGCACGGUGGAGAUCAAGUUUCGUAAAAAAGACCUGGUGAAGACCAUGAGACGGGUGGACCCGGUGUACGUGGGGCUUGCAGAAAGACUAGGCACCCCGGAGUUGAAUGUGUCCGAGCGUAAAGAGCUGGAGAGUAAACUGAAAGAGAGAGAGGAGUUUCUGCUGCCCAUAUAUCAUCAAGUAGCUGUGCAGUUCGCCGACCUCCAUGACACACCGGGCCGCAUGCAGGAGAAAGGAGUCAUCACUGACAUCCUGGAGUGGCCGACAUCUCGGCUGUUCUUCUACUGGCGCUUGAGGCGAUUAUUGCUGGAAGACACGGUUAAGAAGAAGAUCCAGAGUGCUAACAGCGAGCUGACGGACGGGCAGGUUCAGGCAAUGCUCCGGCGCUGGUUCGUGGAGGCAGAGGGAGCUGUGAAAGCAUAUCUGUGGGACAGUAAUGAGGAUGUUGUGGAAUGGUUGGAGAGGCAGCUGGCAGAGGAAGAGGGUGCCAGAUCUGUCAUCGAUGAGAAUAUCAAAUAUAUCCGCAGAGAUCAUAUCCUCAAACAGAUCCGCAGCCUGGUUCAAGCUAACCCAGAAGUGGCCAUGGACUCGAUUGUUUACAUGACCCAGCACAUUUCCCCCACGCAGCGUGCAGAGGUGGUCCGUAUCCUGUCCACCAUGGACGCCCCUGCGUCCUCGUAGAGCCCUGUCAAUCAUCUAAGAGGCCUGAUGCUACUGGAGCAAGAGGAGCCAACAUGGCAAUGCUGUGACUUGGCUAUGAAUCUGAAAAUAAGUGUUACAGCAAAGAUACUCUGUGUCAGUACUUAUCAAUGCACAUAAAUGCGCACCUUCAGAAACACUUAAGUAAAAAAAAAAAGAGAGAGAGAAAGCACUAGUGUUGUCUUUUAUAGUUUAGCAGUCUAGUCAAAUGCACUUUGAGACUUAGAUGAACGGAGACCAAUCAUAGAAACAAGCUUCCCAAAGUUGUUAAAGGAUUUCACUUUUUGUUUUUUUCCCUAGAAGCUUUUGUUUAAAAGGCAGUAGAUUACUCUACAAGAGAGAACGUUUGCAACUUCAUAAUCAACUUUCUAACUCUAAGAAGGAGCGAUGUGACUAGAUCACUCCUGCUUCACUGGUUAUAAUGGGUGAUGUAGCUGUUGUAUAAAUUGCAGUUUAGGGGCAGUAUUAUUCUUCACAUGCAGGAUGGUCCAUUGAGCCAUAUGACCACAUCAUUUUGACUGCUUGUUUCAUUCGUUUAACCAAAAAAUAAUUAUGAUUUUUUUUGAAAAAAAAAAAAAAAAGUCAAUCCACUGGUGUUGUAUUUAUAUGCUGUUUAUUUUUUUAGCAUAUAUGAAAUGUCUUGAAAAUAUAUUAAUAACUUAUUAAACAAUCAUCUCUUAAAAACAACAUGGUACAUUAUACGGCAAGUGCGUAACCGUAGAACAUUCAACAAACGUUUAGGUUAGUUGAAUUUGGUUGUUACCAUAUACAUGUUCUGGAAAGACUUACCAGGAGUGUAGUGUAGAAAUGUAGUAUAAGCAAGCAAUGGAGGGGGCAAAUGAUACUUGAGAGAGGUGAAUGGAGUAUUAUACACGAUCUUAAGAUGCUCUGUUGUAUCCUCAGUGUAUCAUUGAUAUGAUGGUUGUAGCUGCUACCGGAAAACCUCAAGCUGUGACUACUAGACUCAAUGAAAGGUGAAAAGUGUAUCAGGUUGUGACCCUAAUGGGUGAUGAAUUGUCUCAUCUGUAUCUGUAAGCAUUGUUGAACAUGUUACUGAAGCUGUCUCACCAUGUACAAAAAGGAGAAUUUCCUGUUUACUGUGGCAAACUGUGAUUGCCUCUUAAAAAUAACUGAAUAAAAUCUAAUUAUCUUA